AUGCCUCAGACGUCCGACUCUGAAGAUGGGUAAACAUAUUUACCCGAGAUGCAGAUUUUGUUUUAUUCCUUCAAAAGGGAUAUCCAUUUAUAUUAUUUGCUUUUCUCCUUCCGGCUAGCUAUAGCGAUGCGACUGGUUUACUUUCACCCGAGGAACUCAAGGUAUGUUUCUUCUGUAAUUAAUAUAUAAAAGUUUUGACUCUGAUGUGUCUUUUUUAUCAGUGAACUUCACUGAAUUCAGUGACGGUUGUUUUUAUUUUUCCCUAGAUGUAGUCCUCGUUUUGACCCAAAACAAAUUGUCAACAUUUUCGAAGUUAAGACCAUGAAAUACCCCUUGACUUGUCACGCCGCUUUGGAAUCACCACUAACACAAACCGGACAGACCAUAAAUAAAGCUAGUUCAUCAGAUGAUCGACCCAGUUAUCUCGAAAGGUUAAGUUAGGGUGCGCAAAGGCCCGCAUAAACCUCUACCAUAAUGAAUACUUAUAGUUUCAACAUAAGAUUUUAAUCACAGUAAUUUGCGAAUUUAACUAGUCACAAAAUUUUCAAUCGAUGUCCGAGAGACAGACAUCCCUCUGAUGACCGACGACUUAACCAAGUAUCGGCAGACCAGAAGGCUGUGACCUCUUUGCACCGGUUGGACUUGCGGAGGGUUGACGGCGGCAAGUAGAGCACGUAUAGGGACUAAAUGUGUAACGUUGAGGAAAUAGAAGUAGUUGGCUUUGGAAUAACGUGCUCGGCUGAAAUACAGGCGGUACCCAAAAGCUCUCCACUCGAAGCAUCUGGCACUGAACUGAGACUCGACCGAUCUAUUGAAGGUUUAGGAUUCAAACCAUCCGGCUGGUGUUGUCAAGGGUUAGUGACGCUGGGAGAUGCACCGCUACACACUUAAGUGGGUACCGACAAAGAAAAGAGGUCAGAAUGACCUUUUAUGGCCUAUUAACCGUCGUUAGCUAGCCUUACUCAGCCUCAAGUUUCGCAGGACCAGAGAUUCGGACUCGCUUUCUUUGGUCACCGACCGUUAAAAUCUAGUAUGACUUGAUUGACAAAUAUACCAACUUCGGGACGCCGGAGCUGCAAUGUAUCAACAGUCUACAGGCUUCACAACACCAACUCCUCUGUGAAUUGUAGUACAGCUGGGCUUUUGACGAACCUAAAAGCUAGAGCAGGAGUGAUCUGAAUUGUUUUACCGAGGAUUGGCGAUGUGGAAAACUCACGAUCCGCAUUUGUCUUUCUGUGACUGCAAAGAACUUGCAGAAAGCCUAACUUUCUUCAAAUUUGGACAGGUGAAUAACAUCCAUUACAGUGGUCUCUUUCAGUGAAGAGGAAGGACUCAGUCGCGAGGACUCGUUCGCCUUUCAAAAUCUUGUGCUAGGAUCCAUGAGACCAAAUUGCUCCUAGUGCAUAAGCACGCCAUGAGGGAUUUUAACCAAGAGCACGAUUUGGGACCUGAAGCAUUGGCACUUCCAUACUUUUUCGUAGUAAACGCAUCAAUGCCGCGACAAAAUCCAGACCACGUCAUAUUUGGUCUUAAAAUAAACCCCAUUUUAAAGAUGAUUUACCUCCUAUUUGAUAAUCCGAUCAACCCAAGUACCUUAGGACUGUUAUCAACAUGCCUCGGCACUAUCACACUUAGACAAUGGGUGAUUUUUCCACCUAUUACGUCAGAUUGCGCGAUCUCUGCACAGCUCAUCUUUCCUGCUCCCAGACCUCUUUAGCGUUCAUAAGUUACGGAAUGUAUUUGAGAGGCUUCGAAUCUGUUUUAUCUCGUGUCAACCCGACCGUUCUUCAGAACUUUUCUGAAUUUCCGAGACAUUUCAUAAACAAUUGUUAGAAGCCUCGUUGAACGACUUUCAAGCGAACUGAAGGCUAGCCAUCUCUAGGAAUUUAAUUGAAAAUUGGUCCAGUUCUUUAAGAGCUAGGAAAGCGUCUAUGCCGAAACUCCGAGACCAGUUCCCCGUUAAGUCGUCGGGCAUAUUGACUACGUACAAAACAGCUCUCUGAUCGCCUCGAACAAAAUGAUUGGGUGGUUAGCUAAAAUUUGUGUCAGUAUGCGUUUUUUGCAUCACGCCCCUCUCCGCAUGUCUUGAAGAAGCUUCUGCGAGGCAUCGAAGUCGACAUGCCUCCCGAUGCAUGUCUUAUUCCAGUGCAUUACCUCUAAGAAUCUGCGACCUUACCUUGCUGACGAUGUAAGUCUUCUCUCAAACAAAUUUGUGUUCUUGCUAAGAAAUAUUGUCAAAAAAUAAAACGCCCUCUAGUGGGUACAUUUCUAUCUGAAUUUCCGGUGGAAGUUAUACUACAGAAAUUAGAAGCUACAGCUCUCUUCACGGUUAAACCGAAAGAGUGGCCGCGUUAUUCUGAUAAAACACCUGUUAUCCUCAGAAUGAAUCGAUUACAAAUGCACCAAAAUUAUCUUAACUCUGUUUUCUCUCCAAGAAUUGAACCAGCCUUAUAGACAGAAGUCAAUAAAAAACUGUUUCUUUGUGUGCCCGUAUACCGGAAUACUGGUGGAUCGCUGUAUACCGAAGUUUAUUUCGACGACAUGCACUCAGAAGUCAGCUGACAUUAUGGGAGUACUUAUUUCAUUACUUAUAAAAGUAGCUCCGUCAACAGCUGUCUAAACCAGACUGAAACAGAAUGUCGAUACAAGGAAGUAUAUCUGGUAGAAAUAAAAAACCAUUUCAAAUUAUUCACAAAAUAGACUUUGUGCACCAGUGCGUGAGACCACAGGAGUUCGAAAAAAGUUGGUUACGAUGCCACGACCGCCCACACGCAAAACGCAACAGCCAGACGAACUCACCCUUAUGUGGAAAUGCAUCUGAGCUCACUGAAGGUCAGCUGAAAGAACCCCAGAUACGAGUAAUGCGCAGAUCCACAGUGUACAUGAACGCCAAUCAACAGUGAAGAGAUGAGACAGUCUCAGACGACCAUGCGCACGCUUGGCACAGGACACAUACUUGUAAGAGAGGAAACUCGCAUCUUCCACAUCUGCCUUGCUAGGCGAGGCCGCAAAAUCUUACAGGUAAUGCAAUCGAAUGGGACAUGCAUCAGGGGGCAUAUCGAGUCUGAUGCCUCACGGAAGCGCCUCAAAGACAGGUGAAGACGGACACAGUUAAUUCCGACCGGGUGACGAGGUGCAAACUGCGUGUACUGACACGAACUCCAGCUAACCAUCCAAUCUUUUUGUUAGAGGCGACCAGAAAGCUAACUGUUUUUGUACGUAGUCAAUAAUCUAAUGAACAUAUGGUAAGGGUGUUCCGGAAGUUUGCGCCAAAAUGCUUUUCACGUACCUCCAAAAUGUGAAAUUUCCCAGUAUACAUGAAAUCAGUAACCGGUUUCAUGAAAUGUUAACUGAAAUUCUGAAAUGCGUUUUUGAUUAGGAAGGAUAACCUACGUGGGAUUGUAACAUUGAUUGUCGUGCAACAUAAUCCAAAGGUACUUCAGUCGAAACCAUACUCCGCAAGAAAUGGUUACUCAAGCAGUACGCAAUUUUUUUUAUCGCUUUUCGAUUGCAUCACAAACUAAAAUGUCUUUUUAUAAGGAAAGUGCGCAAAACUAUCCUUCUUACACAUCAAGUAGCAAAUCAGGUCUUCUUUAGAUCUUAGACUCGAAAAGGGUGCAUUUUAGAUUUUGAAAAGUUUCCAAUUGUGAGGUUUUUUGAGACCGUGAAAUGCCCCCCCCCCCAGGUAGCACCAGGUCUGUCUGUCCUUAAAUGCUCCUCACUGUGUAUACAACAUAGUUCACAUACAGUGCAAACAUUUUAUGAACCCCAUAUGGUAUUUACUUAAUGGCUUAAAGAAUUAUGUAGUUUUCCCUACACGGAAUAUAUACAGCGUGUAGACCGAGAGCCCCAAACGCGAAUGCAACAGGAGGUCGAGCUAAAAAUUAUUUGAGAACUGGAAGAGGCUUUUUUGAAACCAAAACUUACCUUUUCUUCGGACAUAAACUCCAGCGAAUACCCGAUUCGUUACCAAAUGAGUACAAGAAAUAACAUUCUUGUUGGGGGUCUCUGUAAAAUAUGUUUGAAUUUAUAGAGACAUCAAAAGUCAGUAAAACAAUCAUACUACUUGAGAAGUCCUUUUUUACCGAAUGCGGUUCUUGCAGGCGGCCAGAAAAAGGUGUAUUUAAAAGCUGAUUUUCCGACAUGUCUAAAAUAUCACGGGAUUAUGUCUCAGGUUAAUUAGUAUUACGGCCUCACUUAAGCAAUCCUUUCUAGCCAAAAAAUCAUUUUCGAAUCUCGGUUAACAUUUCAUAAGAUCAGUCACUGGCUACACGAGGGACGGAAAUACUGGGAUCACAAUUUUAAAGGAUUUUCGUAGAUGGUAUCCUCUCAGAAAAUUAAGCACGUAUUUUAACUGUGCUAUUUUAAUCUGCGAGUCUUACCACUCCGGCGUUUGCCAGUCUGCAGAUCAAGACUCCGGGGCUGAAAAAUCAGAUAAGGAUGUCACCGUAAUGUCCUAAGCAGAUGUCCUCGAGUUCUUUGUAGGACUGGGGUAGUCUUGUGAUUCCACCACGUACUUUUUGAGUAUACACCCAUUUCAGGCGCAGCCUUCUCUCCAACCCAAUCUGACUAUUCAUCAGAUCUCUCGAGUAAGACGGGACGUUAUGAAUCCGAUACGUUCUUCUUACCCUGGUUUCCUCUCAGUUCCAAACUUUUGUUGGUUUGUUCAGUUCAUCCCCACCCCCACCCUGUUUAACAGGUCUGUAUUUCGAAGCGACUCUCCGUUACCGGCAUGUGAUCGCGGAUUCGGAUCUUUCAGUUAUGUUUUUUUGCUUAUACUUUAGCCCCACCGCACCCGUCUGACCUCAUCCAACUGGAGUGCACCGGAUCCAGUUCUGCGAUUCGGUGGUCGCACCGUCUUCACUCGUGGUCGACCGCCCUGGUAUACCUGUGAUGGCCAGCAACAGGAGUGUUUUGUGAUUGGAAUCUGUGGAGGCAGCGGGAGCGGGAAGACAACCGUUGCCCAGAAGAUUAUCGAACGUUUGAAUGUCUCCUGGGUCAGCCUUCUGAGCAUGGACAGCUAUUAUAAGGUUUGUAUUUUACAUUUCACCCUUUUGGGACCUGAAAUCAGUUUAUUAAGGGAAUGAGGCUUUCGCCCUUGAUCUCCCUACUCAUGUCCAAAACAGCAGUAGAAUCAAUUGCUACAUCAGUUAUUCUGGAAAUGUAAAAGUUAUCGGUAUUUGUGGACCAGGCGCAAACUGCCGCCACCGACAGAAUCGUGAUUAUGUGUACAGCAGUUUCUCGGCUGUCCGGUCUGCACUUAAAUGAUUCAACAGUUUCGGAAUGAACCACCGCGUCAGGGAGUCCGUUCCGUGCUCCAAUGACGCUCUGCAAGAAGGCAUUCCGCCGGACGCCUGUAUGGGCCAACGUCCUCUGCGGACGGUCUGUCCCGGCCAAUGCGAAGACUGUGGUAGGUUUGGAUGAGGUCGCCGCACAGUUGCCUGUAGCUGGAAGGAAACAGAUUUAGUUCAGAGAGUCUAGUUUCGUAAGGCGGAUGGUAAGGACUCUUAACCAUCUUCACAACCCUCGCCUGUACUCCUGUCAGCUGUUAAUAAUCCUUUCUGAACUACGGUCGCCAGGCCUGGACGGCAUACUCAAAAUGAGGCCGAACGAAUGCCGCUUAGGUUUUUCGGAACAUCUCAUCGAUCUACGCAAAUCCUCGCCUCAGCGCAAAUAACACCCGUAUCGCACGUUUAAGGAUGGAGGUUACUAGGACGCCGAGGUCUUCCUGUUCCUCAACAUUUGAAAGGAGCUACCCACUAAGGGGAUGUCGGAAAGAAUCAUCCUCUUCACUGGUCCCUCUGCUGUGGAGUCUCAGGACCACACCUUUGCUCGAAUUAAAAUGUAGGAGUCAAAGAGCUAACCAACUGGUAAAUCGGUGGAGACUCUCUUGAAGUGCGUACCUGUCUGUGUCAAAUCUGAUGGCCCUCCAAAGUUUUACAUCGUCAACAAACAUGACGGCGUUGCAUCCAGGGUUGCCGAUACAGUCGUUCAAGUAAACUAGGAAUAGUAACAAACCUAAGACUGACCCCUGGGGAACACCACUUAGAACAGGAGUUGGAGUUGACUUUGAAGCAUCAACAUACAUGGUUUGUGAUCUCCCUGUAAGAAAGUCUGCGAUUCAUGCCAGCAGCUUUCCUCUUUUUCCAAUUUCAGCCAGUUUGUAGAUAAUUGUUAGCGCUUAUGCGAGUUCCAUUCUUGCACUCUAGAAAGAUAUUUGCUAUCCUCCAUUCGAUUGAAUGGCUCACUGGACAGCCCCUCAUCGAUCUGCACAAAUCCUCACCUUAGCGCAACUAACACCCGUAUCUCGCGCAUGGCUGCCCUCAGAAACUGUGACAAUGGUUUAAGGGAGGAGACCAUUAGGGCGCCGGGAUUCUUAUGCUUAUCAACAUUUCAGAGGGGCUGCCCACUAAGGAGGUAUCGUAAGGAAUCACCCUCACUGGUCCUUCUGGUGCGGAGCCUCAGGACCACACAUUUGUCCACAUUGCAAUUUUGGAAUCAACAAGCUAACUAACUGCUAAGUCGGCCGAGACUCUCCUGAUGUGUGUGCCUGUCUGCAUCAGGUAUGACGAUCCUCCGCAGUUUAACAUGGUCAGCAAACAUGACGACGCAACAUCUCAGGUCAUCGGCACAGUCGUUCAUUAAUAUCAACGGUCCUAUGACUGAGCCCUGGAAGAAACCACUUAGAAUGGGAGUAGGGGUUGACUUCGAGGCAUCAACACACACGGUUUGUGAUCUCCCUGUAAGAGAAUCUGCGAUUCAUGUCAGCAGCUUUCCUCUUCUCCCAAUUUCAGACAGUUUGUAGAUUAGGCGUUUGUGUGGGACGCUGUUGAACGCCUUCUAGAAGCCCGUCCAGUGCGCGAGUCCACUGUUUCGCUCGCUUUGUGAGACUUCUGGUCCCACUCUGAACUCGGUCAUAAUGUGUGGCACAUUGGCGACUUCCAGCUCCUACCUCUUAUCGGUGCUGUUAUACCAUAAACGGCCAUAAAAUAUCUGACCACGCCUUGGCGGCCCCACCUAAUGAGUUAUCUCGUACACACCCAUAGGCUGUGCCAAUUAGUUGCACAUUCAGUCUUUCUCACCCGCUAUUCUGCUGAGAGUAGCUAGAAUCAUAUCUCCAGUGUCGUACACUGUCUGCUGAAAUGCGUCCCCUAGCCAUGUAAGUUUAUUUUUUAUUGUUUAUUUACCGAAAUGGCGACAAGUAAAAGUGCAAACGCGAAGGUCGCUAGACGUCGGAGAUAUUAGGCUAGGUCCUGAUAGCUGAACCUGCGAUUCAUUAGAAUAUGGAAAUGCAGGAAGUGGAUUAACACGGGAAGCGGGCGCCUCGGGCGGGGGGGUUUGUAUAUGUCAGGCCAGCAGUUCGUAUAAUUAUACGUUAUUGGCGGCUAGUGUCUCGAUAUCGCAACAUCAUGUAACCGCCGCCAAUUAGAGUCUUUUGUCGAUCCUAAUACAGAUUUUAGGGUAGGUUGGGAUUCAUCGCCUAUGUUCCGUGAUUAGCCGUUGUGAGUGAUGUGCGCGGUCAUUGGUUGUAUGAGCACGUCCGAUCCUUGCUUUGCUAUUGAGGAUUGCUAAGUCGAUUCGUCGGAAGUAUCCUCAUCGCCAUUUGGUUUUUACUGAAACAGCCGCGCGGGGCCGUUCUAGGCAUGCCUUUGAACAGCGACAAAACAUCGUGCCUGUUGGCCCAGCUGCUGGCUGCCUGGUACAUCUACAGAUGUAGGUGGCUGAAGAGCCUUCAGUAGAAGUUUACUACGAGAUAAGCGAGAGAGUAAUCGGCCACUGGCGCACACGGGAAGUGUUAGUGGGUUGCGGAGGAUCAAUACCUGGUGACUGACAAGUAGUGAAUGCAAUUCAACUUGGUGAGCGUUGACCACCAUCAAAUACUGUCUUCCCGUAUCCGUUACAGUGUGGGACAGACGUCCGUUCAACGGACAAGUUAAGGACGCGCACUGACUCCUCGAAACACCACCUUAUGGGAGUCAGCGAUCUCGACUCCUUCCACCAUGUCCCCGGUAGUUGACGCGUACAGAACCCUGUCAGUGAUGAACUAGAUGGCAGGUACACGAGCUGGGAUUUUCAAAGUGAGGGGAGAAGUGCACAUCGAAUGCCCGCACCAUGCGGGCUCUGUCAUGUGGGCGUUUCUUGAACCUGAGGUUCACUUGCCAGAUCGUGAGUCGUGCUGCAGUACGGUAAUACUCGUUUCCAUUUCUUCCACAGCGGUGUUACUGACAACUCUGACUGACGUAAUAUCUCAGACCCCCUGGUCCGACCGAGGCUUAACCUAGAGUAGAUGUGCUAUCUCUUGAAAUGUUAACCAAAACUUCGAAACAUGUCUCCAAUUAGAAAAGAUCAUUAAAGUAGGGUUGUAAUAUUAAUUAUCGUGCGGUAUAAUCCUAAGAUAUUUCAGCCACACCAGGAUGUCGGCAUUUGAAUCAAUCUCUUUACGGCCGUCUUCAAAAACACGCUCUGGAAAAGACCACCACUUAAGUAGUUUGGAUUUCUCCCAUUGAUUUUUGUACCCUCAGUCAUAUUUUGUAGAAAGCAGGCGCAAAAAUGCUCUUUGCUGCGCUCAUUUGAUAGCCGAUUUCUACUCGAAGAGUGAGAGUAUCUUUGAGUCUGAUAAAGGUUUCCAAUCAUGAGGCUUUAAAGGGCUGUGAAAUGUCCAUUCAUGCAGUGUCACAUCAUCAUGUUUAUUACUGCCACUUAACCUGGUCUACAUCCAUUGUACAAUUUUAUGAGUCUCUUGUAUGCCGUCAUCCUAGCAGCGUAGAGAAAUGUUCGCUAUUUUUUUUGCUGGAAUUCAUACAACAUGUAGUCUGGAAACUUUGGAUGCAAGCCCAACGUCAGGUGGGACAAAAAAGUUACUCGGGAAAAGUCAAUCGAUACUUUUUCUCCAAGUAGAAUAUUUAGAGAAGACAUAAUUUCUUAUGCACGUUUUCUAUAAAAUGUAGUUUGAAAUAUAGGGGCACAAAAAUCAACGGGGAAAAUUCAUACUACUUAAGUGUUCAUUAUUACAGAGCGUGUUUUUUGUAGACGGCUGAAAAGAAGCUCAUUAAAACUGGGAUCCUGAUGUGACUGGCAUACCUAAGGAUUAUGCUUCGCGAUAAUUAAUAUCACAAUCCUAACUAAGGGAUGUUUUCGAAUCGAAAACAUAUUUCAGAAUUUCGGUUAGCAUUUCAUGAGAUUACACAUCUACCGUUUGUGCUGAGAAGCAGUGUCUCUGAGGGUCUAGUCUGUGCAUCUCCAUGGUGCUAUUGCCUUCUUCGCAGUUGUUGUGGCAUACGUCCCAACACACUGGAUGCUGAUAACCUACAGAAGGCCUUCCAUGACGCACUGCAAAUAAUAGUCAGGCUUGUCCAAAUACGUUACCUUGUUGCGGGCGAUUGGGAUGCUAAGACGAGAAGGUGUGAUGCAUACACGAGGCAUGUCCUUGGCCAGUGCGCAAUAGGAAAUCGUUGCGCGCAUGGCGAAGUGGGUAUCCACUUUUCUGCGCCAGACCGCUCGGUCGUUGCGAAUACCUGCUUUUGAGACACCCUAGGAGAACUCUAGUCAUAUCAAAGCCAAAUCCGCCGCGUACGUAUCAGGGCACACUGUACCACUUGAGGGCUCAAGUUCUGCCGACACUGGCAGGAAGAAGGUCCCUAACCACGCUUUUGAGGACUUGGCCAUGGCUCAGACUACGUGCUAUCAAGAAGACACGAUGUUGAUUAUCUCUCAUCGAUCCUGUCUCUGUCACGGGCCUGCCUUGCUGCCCCGCCACACAUGACAAACGCUCCUGUGCUAGGCCACAAUAGGCGUCGUUGCAAGGCUUUGACCUCUGACGCAUCGGUCCAUUUGGUUAGCUGUACAAGGCUGCCCGUCUUUGCGGCGAUUUGGACUGUAUUGUACAACCAAACUCUGAAGUCAGACUGCCUGCGUCCUCGAAUACUCUUCAUAUAGGGAUGGUACUAGUCUGCGGAAGAUUUUUCAGUUCUCUAUGCCGCCUGCCUCAACAACUAGGAGCAACCGAGGUGUGUUGAUAGCGUCAAGCUCGAACAUGACGCCGAGGUGGAAGGAGUAUUUUACCCGGCCUCUGAAUCCGGCAUUUUUAACCCCCUCAGCUACUGUUCAGUUUGAAGACGCUCUGACACCCGACCAUGACUUUCAUUACAGCCCACCGUCUACGGAGGGCUGACGACCUAAUGAUGAUUGUCUUUCAGCUGAAAGUAACAAGUUCUUUUCAAAAGGCAGUUUGGCGAGCAUACGUCUGCUUUCGAUAAAUUCUCUUCAAGCCUGUACUUUUAUAUGGCCAUUGAAGUAAUGAAUUAAAGGAUACGGUCAAGUAGAUAAUUAAGCUGUAGCUCGGGUUUGGGGAGGGGAGGGGGGGGGUGGCUUGGUGGCUUUGAGCCAUGGCAACUGUGGGACCUGUAUGAAGUUCUUCUGUGCGCAUAGGACCGGUCCGCGUAGCUCGAUUGCAGCCGCCUCUGCCGUAGCUAACAGGCGCUGCUCAAGCAGUUUCGGACAGCUUGAUGAGACCUUGUAAAUCACUCUGAAGGCCUGUCUGGCGUCUACACGGUGGUCUGUGUCUAACAUGUGCGCGAGGAUCGAGCUGUUGAUGUUCUUUGUUUGACCCUUUCCCAAGUUCUGUUCAGCAAUGUUAACUGAUGGGCUGUUCACGCUGAGGAGCGAAAACCCUGCCCAACUCCCUGAAACACCACCUUAUGCCAGUUCCUAUGUUACGCAUUUCUACACUUUCUCCUAUGUCCCCGGUAGUCGACGAAGGGUGACAAGCUGCUUUUUAAGAACUACCAUGGCGUCAGUCUUAACGCUAUGUCAAAAAUCACGUUCGUUCUAAAUUUCCCCUGCUUGUGCUGUGGCACAUGGACAACAAAUAAUCAGCGCCGUUUUCCACAAGGACUGGAAUGUGUUGGGCCAAACUCCUCCUUUCGUUGAACCCCUGAGUACCACCCCUGUAAUCAGUGGCCUAUUAGUUUGUUUUGUGGGUUUAACGUCUGCUUUUGACCGUCUAUCGGGAUUCUCCGUGGUAAAUCCUACUUCAUGCCACCGAUAUCCCUUCGCUUACUCCAAGUCUGCUCUCCUAAAACGAUGGUAAAUGAAUUCCGUGACCUCUUUAUCUCCCCCCUCACUCGACGUCCAUCUGUUCUUCGUUCUUCCACCAACUCUGUCCAACUGGACUGGGUUUGUUAACAUGCUGACAGUUCUUGGUCCGUGCACACCGAAUCUUAAUUACGCUGAGCAUGUUUCACUUCUGAUGGUCUCCAUUGCAGAAAUGCGAUAUACCCUGUCAGGGGAGGCACGGGAAAUGAACUCAAAAGUUAGUUAUCUCAAGACCAUCGUCGUCUCGUUCGAACCCAGUCCUGGCUGGCGGCCACGUUGGGGUAGCUAAGUGAAGAUGUGAGUUGACGUUAGGAAGGCUGGCUAUGAGUGUAUCUCCGGUUCCGCGGUCAUCGUGGUUGACAUGAAAACUGACUCACCUCCGCUCGGGAAUCUACCUCUGACCAGUAGCAGUGGAGAACAAUCAUUCUUGAUGUGGUAGAUUUACCAUUAUGACAAACGCCAUUGGAAGUACGAGGCAGUAGGCGUCCUCUGAACAGGACUACCAGCCGUCAGACUUGCGACUGGCAUAGAUUGCUCCGACAAGAGGGCACUUUUGGUAUUUUCACUUGAAUUAUCACCUUGCCCUCCUUUACAGGUGCUGACGCCGGAGGAACUGGAACAGGUGAAGAACCACACCUACAAUUUCGAUCAUCCCAGUGCUAUUGACCACGAACUCCUCAUCAAUCAUCUCUCACGAUUGCGGGAAGGCAAGAGCGUCCAGGUGCCCGAGUACGAUUUUAAGACGCACAGUCGGACAUCUAAGACGGUAGGUGCCUCUUAUAUAUAACAUCUUCUUUUUCUUACCGUGUCCAGCAGUAUUACUGGUGGUUUCGCCACCCUGGGGGAAAUGUUACUUUGACGAAAGGCAGUCAAGGGAGUCGCAAAAAAAGGAAAAAAGUCAGUCGGAACAGGACUAGACUUUGCAACGUCAGGCUAUUAAUGCCACUCCGUUAGAGAUAUGUUUAUUCCGCUCGGGCGUUUAUGAUCCCUGUUGAGCAAGAUGGGCAAAUUUCCGCACCUGCCUAAUGUUAGUUGAGCCUUCGCCUAUGAAAGUGCUGUUAGUGCGACUGCCACGAUUAUCGUGAGGAAGUAUCUGGAAAAAGUAGUGAAGGCCAAUCCACACCCACUGACCGACCAAAACCAUCACCGGUCGCGAAAACUGUCAUUUAAAUUGGCUUUAGAGGAGUAGUUGUCGUCAUUAGUCUCAUUUUUUCUUCCCUCCGGGGGCAUAACGUAGCACUCGGCAUCCGGCCGUCAGACGUACAGCUGUUGUCUUCAGUCAUGGGGUGACUGGGCUUGACAGUUAGCAUUCAAUCUUAUUCCUGCACGUCCCUCGUUUUAUGGAUAUCUUCUGUUGCUGGUGCAUCACAAAGCUACUUUGGCAUCUUCUACUACUACUACUACUACUACUACUACCACCACCACCACUACUACUACUACUACUACUACUACCACCACUACUACUGCUACUACUGCUACUACUUCUACUACCAUUACUACUACUACCACCACCACCACUACUACUACUACUACUACUACUACUACUACUUCUACCACCACCGCCACUACUAGUACUACUACUACUAAUACUAAUACUACUACCACCACUACUACUGCUACUAUUUCUACUACCAUUACUACUACUACUUCUGCUGCUACUACUACUACUACUACUACUACCACCACUACUUCUACCACCGCCACUACUACUGCCACUACUACGGCCACUACUAAUACUGCUAUCGAAACCUCGAUCGUUCCGCCCUCCUUAGUGUCGUAUCACUAUCCGAUUCAUUGGAUUGACCGGUUCGGUUUUCUCCCAAGUUAGGUAUUGACUCCCCACACAUCUCGUUAGAUGGAAAUACCUCUGCCCUUGAACAGUUUGCUGUCCCCUGACCGUAUACAUACCAGCGUGAAAUUUAUUGAUCAACACUGACUUUGAAGCCGUCAUUCAAGUGAACAGACGGUCGAUUGACGAGUGGUGCAUGUGGACAGUCGGUCAAGUGUUGGUUGGUGAGUCAACGUCGUGGAUGGGCUGUGAGAUACAAUCCGGGGCGUCCGUGUGUAGGGGAAGGGGAGCUAUCCGAGCGGAGAGAGUUGUUUUCAGGACCAGAAGUCGCCUAGUGCCUUGACUAGUCUUCCUCUGUGACUUACGUAUUGUUCCCGUCGGCUUGGCCCGACGGAAUUCGGUUGAUAUUCUCAUUGAAAGUUAUAAAAUCAGGGCCUCUUAGAUCACUGGAAUGGACUUCCGAGCCGCUGUAGUAGCACACUUAGGUGCGGGUUUUCGCUGUCCCAGGCUCUUGCGCCCUCUACCGCCUCCUGUCUUCCUGACCCUGUCAUGACACCGAUCUCAGAUGUAGGAGGAGGAGAGGGUGCGGUAGAUGCUGCGCAAGUCUGCUAGGACUAUAACUUAACUCACGCGUAAGUCACCGUCCCUAAUCCCACCCUGCUGUGGGGCACAGGAUAAACAUCGUUGGGAACGACUGUCGAACUGUCAACCCUCAAAACUGUCAUUGCUCAAAGCUUAUACCUUGGUGAAUAGGAGGUCCGGAUUUUUUCUCAGGUGAAGAACGCGACUGUCUCUUCGGAGAUCUACAUUCACGAAGGCCCAUAUCCUAUAGUGGAAUAAGCUGCCAGAUAUACUGAAGACACUGCGUUCUCACGACAUAAUAUUUGGGCAAUUAACAUACUUGUUCGAGUUUUGUGCGCAUGGUCCUUAUUGCGGAAGCACUGUGGACGUGCAUUACAAAGUUGUUUAAAAUACUCCGAUUAUGCCCUCUGGUUGGGGGCGCCACCUAAGCUGAAUUGCAACACAGUGGUGGGCAUAGGGCGAUUUUACACUUAUUUGCGCACAGUGGCCGUGCCUGCUGCCCACUUAGCAUUUUCCUGUUGCAACUUUAUGCACACAUGUGCUCGGCAGUAUACUUUGAACCACGGGGCUGAAUCGGGGUGUCCGGAACAUUGCAGGGUUAACGAAACAGAUCACUUGUAUCUGAUGUCCAACCUUUGAUCUCGCUCUGUUGACAUUGCCUUGACCAACUUUGACGACCAAUUUGCCGUUUGACCACAUUUACAGUCAAGGAAAACCUUCAUUCCUUAUUUUUCGACCCCCCUGGCGCUUUGUUAGUAUGCAGCUGUACAAAUUGGAUGACAUUGUGCACUCCUGCUGAUGCUGAGACUCAACUAAACUUUGAGUGAAUGUUUCUCUCGCUCAUCCCCAACGCCCGCCAUAACCGUUUUUACUAAAUGAUAUAAUAGGCUGGACUUUAAGUAAACCUCGACAAAUCAGCCCUGUGCUAUUUAGAUUAUAGAUUUAGAUGAUAGACUUUGACUACAGUAGGUGGGCUAACUCAUGAAAUCUCGACAGGAAUUCCGAAAUGAGUUUCCGGUUUGAAAAGAUGGUUGGAUACCAGUGUCGCAACACUCCGUUACUGAUGCUAGUAUUAUUGCAGUUAGUUACCCAUACUGUAAGCGUUGGUAGGGUAGCAUUGGCAGCCGUGGUGGCGGUGGUAGUAGUAGUAAUACUAAUAGUAGGAUUAUUAGUAGUAUUCGCCGUAUCAGUGGUGGUAGACGGGGGAAAAGUUUUCUUCAGUGUUGCGACACUGUAUUCCCGCCAGUGGUAGUAGUAUUAGUAGUAACAGCGGUAGUAGUGGUAGUAGUAGCAGUAGUAGUGGUGGUGGUGGUAGUAGUAGUAUUAGUGGUAGUAGUAGUAGUAGUAGUAGUAGUAGUGCGCCCGUAAAACAGGCUGGUGGGGGAAUAGACAAUUCUAAGUGUUGCGACACUGUAUUCCCGCCGAAAAGAUAAAUUAAGUAGGGCUGUAAAACGACUCAUUAUGCAGCAUAAUUCUAUAAUGAUUCAGUUACCCCAGGACGCCGACUUUCGAACAAACGUCUUUUCGGCUGCAUCCAAAAACCAUGCUCGUUAGAAAUGACAACUUAAGUAGCAUGCAUUUCUUUCAUUGAUUUUCGAUGCCCUUAAAGAUUCAAUUAAAUUUCAUAAAAAACAUGCAUAGAAAUAUUCAUCGCUCUGCUGAUUCAGUAGAAAAUUACUUCUUCCAAUUUUAUACUCAAAGGAAGGGUAUAAUUCGGUUUUAAAAAGUUUCUAAUUGUGAGAUUUUUUAAUACCGUAAAAUGGCCCCUCAUAAAACGUCGUGUCUCUGCAUUUACCAAUGUGGCUUGCAAAGUUAACAAUGUGGCUCAUAUCCACUGCUCAAUUUUAUGAACCCUGCAUGGUCCCACUUUAUUACUGAAGAGAAAUGCAUGGUUUUCCAUACGCGGAAAUUAUACGGCUUGUAGUAUGGGAACCCUGACUGCAAGUGUGACGGCAGGUCGGGUUGAAAACUAUUCGGGAAUUGGGAAGGUUUUAUAAAACCAAAUUAUACCCUUCCUUCGAGUAUGAAAUUGAAAGAAGAAGCAAUUUUAUACUGAAUCAGCAAAAGAAUGAAGAUUUUUAUUCGUGUUUUCUAUGAAAUAUAAUUGAAUCUUUAGGGUUAUCGAAAAUCAAUGAAAAAAGUAUGCUACUUAAGUAGUCAUUUUUUACGGCGUAUAGUCUUUGUACGCAGCCGGAAAGAAGUUUGUUCGAAAGCCGACGUCCUAGGGUAACCGAAUUAUUAUAGAAUUAUGCUGCACGAUGAUUGGUUUUACAAAGCUACUUAAUUUAUCUUUUGGAAACGGAAACGCAUUUCGGAAUUUCUGUUGAGAUUUCAUGAGUUAGCCCACUUACUGUAGAUUAUAGAUAAGAUUAUAGGCCUUGAAUACAUUGGUGAGGUUACAGUGCUGGCAGGAUCUAUCAACGAGCUGCGCCCCAUGUAGGCGAAGCUUAAUGACUUUCCGGAAAGUAAAUGUGAUCUUUUCGGCCUCGCAGUCACGUCGUCGGUGAUGGAACUUGUAGGUUCAUGCCCUUCUUUGGUGGAAGCACAAAUGAAGUCGAACGAGCGGAGUACACACGGAUCAAGGCGACUGUCGAGCCAUCCCGUUUUAGACCCACUCGAAAUCUUUGGGAAUGUUGUGAGACCCUUUGCAUGGGGGAGGGUGUAAGUCAGGGGACAUAGGAGUCUCCAAUCAACACACAAUCCUUCCGCGUGGUUGAGAGGCGCAAAAACAGCAGGAUUUUGUGAAAAUUUCGCGACAGCUUAUUAGUUGCUACCCGUUCACUGCAUAGAGCAGAUGACGAAUGGGGAAUUUCAAUUUGCCGGGAAGACCAAUUAGAAAACAGCAAGAUCAUGGUUCAGUACACACACGCACACAGUCUAAUAGAUGAAAAGGGAGUGAAUGGCAGGCCAACGCUCCAAAGGGCGUGUAAAUCAAAGCACUCUAGGGAUUACUAGAUUGACCAAAUAGUCUCAUUGAUUGUACAAGUUCGAUUUUUACUUGUAGCGCACGAACCGUCCAGCCCGCAUCCACGUCAAGGAAACGAUCGAGCUUCAAAGGAAGGCACAGUUUGAUUUCUGCGUUAUUAUUUAUUAGCUAUGCGAUAGUCUUCUUUACAAAAACCCUCAAACCAGAAAAAAAUGACUUUAUGACAGGCGAGUUAUUCAAGGCCUAAUAUAACUGCCAGCAGGGAGGGAAAAAAGUCAUACGAAGACAAAAUGAUGAAAAGCAAUAACAAAUGCAAUGUACUAGUAUCUUGUUGGUUGUCUUUUGGCUUUUAAAGUUGCUGCAAGGGGGGAGGGAGCUGGCGCAUAGAACUACUAGGAUGUCUCUGGUAGUUUUAUACAAUUAUUAAGCUUAAAAUCCAACGUUUGCUGCAUUGAAAGGUGUUUUAUGGCCUUGUCCAAAUUCCUUUUGAUUAAUGCAAAAAUGUUUUUGACCGGAUCGAGGUCCAGACAGUUGGCGGGGAUAAAGAUGCUUCGCAGGCCGCAGGCGAAGAGACUGGCUGUGAUCUAAAAUAUUAGAUUUUAGUCGUAAGCCGAAUUAGAAUCAUACCUCCUUUGAGCGCUGAACGGGGGCAUUAUCCUGCAACAUUACAGUAUCCAUUCGACGUCGAUGAAGACCUUGCUGUCUAUAGUCUCCGAAUUUGAUGACUAUCCAAACAAUCAGGCGUCGACAGUUCUUAAAAGUUGGUGUCGAUAGAGUGCGCUCUCGUGGGAAGUUCCCCCCACCUAUAACCACCUGGGCCGACAUCGGAAGCUUGUCUAAAAAUAGGACCUCAUAACAAAAGUAAACGCGUUUUGAUUAAUAUACUUUCGAGCAAACAAAACACGUUCUCUAAUAAAUUUCCCACUUGAAAAUGGCUUUGUCAUGGCGCUUUACUGAUGAAGGUCGGGCUCGUUCAUCCUUUUUCUAAUUAUGCGCAGAAAAAACAUCGGCGGAUGUUCCCUGUAAAUAGCCCCGAGAGGCAUAUAAUAGCACUUUUUGGUAGCCGACGAAUAAAAUCGUCGUCCUGCCGGCUUGUAGACCGUUUUAAUCCAUUUUGGUAAAUUGCAGGCAUUGUUCUAUGUUUAAUAAUUUUCCAGAGAGCUGCUUGACUGAUAUUGAAAGUACUAACUAGCGACUCGAGACAGCUCAUUGGCUGCGAACUUUCGUAUGCACUCAAAAUCGACGUUCGACAAAAAGUGUCUUCAUCGUGCGGCGUGACACAGAAAGGUGGCAGCAUGUCGCGGUCCUCAAUAUAUAUAUAUAUAUAUAUAUAUAUAUAUGAACGAUCGGUGAGCGCCCCCUAACAUUGUAUAUUCCCGAUCGAAAACCGACAAGGCAACGGGCUCGUGGCCCGGUGAGUAGAGGCGUUGACUUCUAAACCAACAGGUCGCGAGUUCGAGGCUCGGGUGUUCCACACUUCGGGCUUGGGUAUGGCUGGCUGACGACGGCUAAUAAGCCAGAAAUGGCCAUUCCAGUCUCCCCUGUCUUUGUCGGCAAUACCAUUCUGCCUAUCUAUCAUGCGCCGCUGUGCGGCUGCUGGUUGGGCUCGAGAGAGAGUCCAUAAGGCACAACGGAACGAGUGAGUUCCGUAUGAACGAUCGGUGAGCGCCCCCUAACAUUAUAUAUAUAUAUAUAUAUAUAUAUAUAUAUAUAUAUAUAUGAAUCUCAAGUGAUCCACACUUGGGGUUGGGUAUGACUGGCUGAUGACGGCUAAUAAGCCAGAAAUGGCCAUUCCGGUCUCCCUUGUCUUUGUCGGCUCCAUCUCAUAUAUAUAUAUAUAUAUAUAUAUAUAUAUAUAUAUCAGUUUACGCCUAUCAAUUCUCGGCGUAGUAGAACGAACUACCGUCAACCAAGUUUAUUACUACAUUUUAUGGCAAAAAGUCACAACUUUACAAAAUAGAAUUUUUAAUGCGUAAUCCGCUCCAUGUUUUUUUGACAAUAAUGCGGUUUUGAAUACCUGGAUCCAGCCAAUUUUCAUGAAUGUGAAAUGCCAUUUUCGUUCCUAAGUGGGAUUUGCUUGAAACCUGUCUUGUUUAUUCGAAUGCUUCCUUCUAAAAUCAAGAAGCUUUGGCGUGUGAUAUUAGGAUUAACAUUGGGAAUCUCUUGGAUACCAUGAAACUUCCCAUUUUGCCAAAUAGGUUCCUGCUUUCCUUUCAUAAAACUAAUCCGAAUGCAAUUCUUUUUUGGCAUAAUCCUUCUGUGUCGAAAAUGAAUGCAAUAAACAAAAAGUGGCCACGCCAGAUGCAUGCAGUACAACCCUCUCAAAUGCCGACCAUGACAUUUCAUAAGUUAUGUCAUCUACUGUAGGCUGCUCGCAAGUAGUGCAAUGUCCAGGUCAUUCGCGCCCAAAGGCUAUUUUGGGUUCAACAGAGUAAUCACUGCCGAUACGAGCAAAGAUGCGAGUUCCAGGAACUAGUUGGUAAGAAUUUAAAGUGAUCGCUGGGACAGGAGCUUCAUUCGCCUGACGUUUCGGAUUCACGCUCGAACCCAUCAUCAGAGACAGUGACAGAUAGGGGUGAUUCGUGCGCAGGAAGUUGCAGUAUUUGUAGGAUGUAGUCGCUAUGCUACUGUACACCUACGAUAAUUAACUCUUCAUCGGGUAUGGUUGUUGUCCGAUGCGCUAAUUACUUGAUGGCCGGCUGGACAGCUGAACCUAUCCACUUUGCCAGUGACAGAGACCGGGAACCGAAGUUCCGAGAACCACUUCCACUUCGUGACGGACUGUGUCGAGCCAGGUUUUGAGGUGACCCCCUCUUCGAUGCCUCCAAGUAGGUAACGGUGCCGGGUCGAGGGCAGCAACACGGACUCUGGCCUGAGCCGUCCUUGCAAUGUUGUCGCAGUGAGUGCGGACUGUCUCAUUUGAGACGAAGUCAGUGUACUUCGCUCGGAGCAUGGUCCUCCGGCCAAAUACAGUAGAUGUGCUAACUCAUAAAAUGUCAACGAAAAUUUCGAAAUGCGUUCUCGUUUCGAAAAGAUAGAUUAAGUAGUGUUGUAAAACUGAUCAUGAUGCAGCAUAAAUCUAUAAUGAUCCAGUUACCUGAGGGUGCCGGCUUUCGAAAGAACUUCUUUCCGACUGCCGACAAGACCAAUACUCUGCCGAAUAAGUAAAAGAAUGAAUAUUUUUAUGCAUGUUUUCCAUGAAAUCUAAUUGAAUUUUCAAGGGCAUCGAAAAUCAAUGAGACAAUUGCAUACUACUUAAGUAGUCAUUUUUUGCAGAGUAUAGACCUUGCAUGCAGCCGUAAAUAAGUUCUUUCGAAAGCCGACACCCUGAGAUAACUGGAUCAUGAUAGAUUUAUGCUGCAUCAUGACUAGUUAUACAACACUACUUAAUUUAUCUUUUCGAAACGAGAACGCAUUUCGAAAUUCUGGUUGACAUUUCAUGAGUUAGCACAUCUACUGUACCUCCAGUUUUCGCUCAUCCUCCAUGCGCUCAACCCAGCAUUCACAACCGCACACGGUGCACGUGGAUCUUCGUGGCGAUGAUGUCGCGACGUAUAGUCCUGGCUGACUCAGUCACAACGAACGCCGUUUAAAAUACAAGUAGUUCUUGUGACUUGAUCUGUCGUGUGACAUGAUGUUAUUUCUCUGCCCACGAGGCUGACUGUUCCUCCUUUGGGCUGCAUUCGAGCCCGCGACUCGGCAGUCGUAGGAGUUAUUUAGCGCUACCUUAAUUAUCCCUGCACCAAGUUUUUUUUCACUGUUCUCUGUUUUCUUCUCUUCAGCGUACGCUUUACGGUGCCAACGUGGUCAUUUUUGAGGGUGUCCUAGCGUUCGUUUGGCCGGACUUGACGAAGGUGAGUUCUGGUUGUCCUUACCCCCCCCCCCUCCCCGUCGCCUUUUCUACUUCACUUUCGGUUGUCCGACACGUGGUGUGCGAGCGUAGGCUGCUGUGGAGUCAAGACCUGCACUUCGUUGCAGACGGGAGAGCUAAUUAGGACGUUUCGGACUGCGCUGGCGCGAUAGUUUGCCCGUCGCAGGAGAUGAGGAUCACUGCUGUCUUGAGAGCUCAGUGGUAACUCAUACCUGACUUCACCUAUAAUGAGGCAAACUUUCAUAGCAUCUACCUCGUUGUCUCUCUUCCCUCACCCACUGUACGACAGGGCGAAGAGGGCUGUAGAUAGACGUGAUCGUAAAAGCUGAGGAGGUUAAACGGCCCGUUUACGCGAACGAUACACAAUCGGGUACCUUCCCAACUGUGAUCGGACAUAUUUCAUGAGGUUUCUUGGGAAUUUCUGAUACGGGCGGGUCCCCAGCAGCCGCUCGGAUUGUUUGUGCGAGGUCGUUUCCUCUAGCGUUUUGGCUUAAAAGCCUAACCACAGGGCAGCGGUGGCAAGCAAACUUAUUUAAUGGCGGUUUACGGUCGCCAUGCCACAAUACCGUCAUUGGGCCUUGCGGCCUUUUUUAAGGCUUUCAGCAUGCCAGAUCUCAGCUCACCGCACCCUGGUAACAAUGUUGCCGCUGGUCCGCGACUGUUUAUUCGUCAGAUCUGGGUCUGCUUAUUUCGCAGAUAACCUUCACUGAAGGUCGUCCCACUAUCCGCCACCUGUGAACGCGCCGGGUAGCCAGCAUUUAGGCUAACGGGCGACCCGUCUUCCCGAGGUAUUUGACCACCACUGCUUGAGGACCAUCCUUCAAGUGAAGUUCACCGACUUCGUCUCAAAUGAGACAGUCCACUUUCGCUGCGACAACAUCGUCAGGAUAACUCAGGCCAUCCAAGAAAGACGGCUGAGGUGGUUCGGACAUGUUCUUCCUUGUCCACCUCAGGAGAUCAGUGUUACUGCACUCGAUCCGGCACCGUUGACCCAUUGGAGGCGUCGUAGAGGGGGUCAAUUCAAAACCUGCCUCGGCACAGUUCGUCAAGACAUGGAGGUGGUUCUUGGACUUUCGGUAUUCGGUCUACGUCGUUGGCGAAGGAGAUGGGUUGGGCUUUUCAGAUCUGCUGCCUCGGAUCGUCACGCGUGGAGGGGUACAGUUCGUGACAUCAUCGAGGCCGGCUAG